UCUUAAACUAAGCAUCGCUUCACUGACACGGGAUCUGAUUGUUUUCCUACCCCCAGAAGCAGUCAUGCACCUGAACAUACGCAGAGCGUGCCACUUCUUUUUUUUUUCCUGCUUACUGUUGAAGACCUGUCAAACAUUCAAGAAUGAUGCCACCGAGGUCUUGUAUUCGCAUGUCGUUAAUCCCGUACAAGAGACUCCGAGUAAUGUAUCUUUAAAUCGUGCAAGAAACGGUGGAAGAAGCGUCGGCAAUACUGGCCAAGAGCGAAGUGAGCGAACCCAGGUUGGAUGCAGAGAACUGCGGUCUACCAAGUACAUCUCAGAUGGCCAAUGUACCAGCAUAAACCCAAUCAAGGAAUUAGUGUGUGCUGGUGAGUGCCUCCCAGCUCAAAUGCUGCCCAACUGGAUUGGUGGUGGCUAUGGGAGAAAGUUCUGGAGCCGAAGGAAUUCACAGGACUGGCGCUGUGUGAACGAUAAGACUCGCACCCAGCGGAUCCAGCUUCAAUGCCAGGACGGCAGUGCAAGAACAUAUAAAAUCACAGUGGUCACAUCCUGCAAGUGCAAGAGGUACUCCAGACAGCACAAUGAGUCCAGUCACAAGUUUGAGGAUUCACCACAGACUCCACUUGCUCACAAACCCAAGGCUAAGAGGAAGCUUGGGAAGGCCAAACUCAGUGAGAACUGGCAUGAAACAGAGCCAAAGAAUUAAGACAUUCACUUUGACUGCGGUCCUGGAUUAUCUCUGUCUGUGGACCACUGGAAGACUGUGCAUGUAUGGCACUGAAUUCCUGAACCAAGGCCAUCAGUUGACUGUUUAGUCCAACCAAAGUUAAAACGGAAUGUGGACAAGACAAUCAUUGCCUUCAAAAAUAAUGAAAUAUUAUUUAAGAUCUUAUUGAUAAAACAUUUUUUGUUUUACAUGGCAUGAAACAGAAUUGCAUUAAUGGCAAUAAUGGGUCAAAUUUUAAACAUGCAUGAGGAAUGAUUCUUCAUAUGAUGAAAAGACAAAACAAAUAAAUCAUUAUGUAUAUAUAUGUAAAUAUACAGUAUAUGAGAAUAGGCUUAUUUGGACUGUUUGAAGUAUAUUAAGAUCCUUGUAAAAACAGGUAGUAGCCUGAAUAAGUAGGAGUAAAAUGGGAGACCAAAAUUUGCCUGUAGACAGAAAAUAGUCCUGAAUGUGUUUUUUUAUUGCUUGUUAAUUACUUUGCUUACAUGUUUGUAUAUCACAUCAGAAACUGAUUCUCAUUCACUUUGUUAAUCUUAUAUUGUAUUUAGCAUUUCACUUUGGUGCACUGCACGGAAAAUACAUGCAAUUAUAAUAAAAUCUUUUUUUAUAAUGAAAUCCAUUUUGCAUGAUGUACAACAACCAAAGCUGCAGUUAGAUCAAAAGGAAUCAAGAUAAUAUCUUGUCUAAAUUUGCACGCUUGCUUGUGCAGAACAAUCCUAAAACAUUUUCUGAUUGACUAUUAAUUAGGGUUGUACUUUGCUUUGCCUCCUCUAUUUGUAGCUCACCAAGCACCCCUGAUAAAAAAACAUCUGAUAUUCCUAUCUUAAAAUGUGUAUAUGAUGUAAUAUAAUAUUUUGUAAGUCAACACUUUUUUUGUUUUUUAAUGAUUAUUUGUAUGUGAAAGGCAAUACAUAGAACAGUCCUCGACAGUAGAUUUUGUAAUAUGCAGUGGAAUUGUGUAUGUUCACAAUAUAUACAUUUUGUCUUAACAGAACAUAAUAAAGUGUCAUUUUAA